AUGGCGGAGGCAAAGACCAGCAACGCAGUGAGGGACCUGCUGCUGGGCGAGGACGCUGGGCAGCAGGCUGAUUUGAUCCUCAGCCUUAUCUCGGAGGCGGCUGAAGGCAGAGAGCUGCAGAAUGUGAUCAGCGAUGUGAUCCAGGUCACUAUUGCGGGUGGCGUGGGCCACCCGCAUAUUAAGAAGCUGGCGUACGACCUGUGCAGGGCCGUGCCUCUGCUGGACGCGGACCACAGCCUUGUCCUGGAUGGCAUCAAGAACGACAUCGCCUCAGGCAUGCCAGAGCUGCAAAUCAUGGCGCUGUCGUUCCUGCCGCACUUGCCGCCCCACUUUUUGGUGGACUUCCUGGAGAAAGGUGCGCACGCGCGUGUGGGAUUUGGCGUCAUGUUGUGGGGUGCUCCCAAGGACCCUUGGCAUGAGCGACUUCAACAGACAAGGGUAGAAAGCAGCAGCAGUGAUGGGCAGCAGCAGCAGAGAUCAGCAGCAGCAGAGAUCUGCAGCAGCAGCAAUGUGCAGCAGCAGCAGUGUACAGCAGCAGCACUGUGCAGCAGAAGCAGUAUGAUGCAGCAGCAGCAGUGUGCAGCAGCAGCAGUGUGCAGCAGCAGCAAUUUGCAGCAGCAGCAGUGUGCAGCAGUAGCAGUGUGCAGCAGCAGCAGCAGCAGCAACAGUAGCAGUGUGCAGCAGCAGCAGCAGUAG